CCUUCCUCUCUCUAAAAAAUCAAUAAAAUUUUUAAAAAGAAGCAAAACAUAAAAUAGAUCGCUUACACUGAUUACACCCAGGUACGUACAUUGAUGAAAGAAAAUUUGGAAUGAUUUAAAUAAGUCCCCAUUUAAUAUUCUUUUGAAUUUUCAUCUACAUAGACUUCCUUCAGUUCCUGACUUUUUAAAAAACAAUGGUAUAGCCAUGGGCUUGUUGGGAUAUUUCUAACUUUUCCAGGUUUCUGCGCGUGGGCUCCUUGUGCAGGCCGGGUGAGCCCUCGAGGACCGGCUUGUGGAAGGCUGCUUUGGGGCUCCCACCGCUUUCUGCACAGCCCGCCUGGGAGGUUUUACUAACUUGAGCUGCACAAGCCGGGCUCUUCGUCUCCUCACAGCUUCUCUCCUGCUUUCUAGGAAGAUCAGCCCAUCUACAUGGCGGUGAAGGGAGUGGUGUUUGAUGUCACUUCUGGGAAGGAGUUUUACGGACGAGGAGCCCCCUACAAUGCCUUGACCGGGAAGGAUUCCACCAGAGGGGUAGCCAAGAUGUCCCUGGAUCCUGCAGACCUCACCCAUGACACCACGGGCCUCACGGCUGAGGAGCUGAAAUCCCUGGAUGAUGUCUUCACCAAAGUGUACAAAGCCAAAUAUCCCAUCGUUGGCUACACGGCCCGAAGGAUUCUCAAUGAGGAUGGCAGCCCCAACCUGGACUUCAAGCCUGAAGACCAGCCCCAUUUUGACAUAAAGGAUGAAUUCUGAUGUUCUAUCUGUAGGAGCAGGCUCUUGGGAGGGAGAGGCAGGGAGACACUUGGGGCCAAAAUCUAUAAACUAGGCUGCCUGGGUCUCUGGUCACCCGGGUCUGAAUAAAGCAGACGUUUGACCUGGAACGCCGAAUGCCUUUAUUGUCCUUGGUCCAGUGUUCUAUCCACCUGGGUAUCCUGCCUGCACACCAGCCUGGGUGGUAGUAACAGCCUUGUAGGGGUCAACACUGACCCUCUGGGUAACUGAAUUAACGAAUGAUUUUUAUUCUUUAUAUUUUUCUGUACUUGCCAAAUUUCCUACUGUGACUAUGUUUGCUUUAGAAUGAACACAAAAAUAAACUUAUUUUCACAAAAGGA